UGAGGGAGCUUUUCACGACAUACAGCUUGUCAGCCUCAAUAAGCCAGUCUGGGAGGAUUCUGCUGAUGCCUAAGGAUCAAAUAAGCAUACGGUCAACUGCAAGUAAAGCAUUUUCUCCAAUGUUUAUAUACUUGUCGGGGAGAUAACAGAAUCAAGUUAUGGAUUUCAUAUUAUCCGUUAUUCAAAAUAUCCCAGUUCUAAAGAACUUUGUUAGCAAGGAGAAAAGACAACUGUAUUCUCCCACCAGGACUGGUUUAGAAUGCAUUGCACCACUUUUUCAAACUGUACAAGAAACACCACAACCGACUUCAACUCAAAUAACAGGAACAAUCCCUGUGUGGAUCAAGGGUAAUCUGCUCAGAAAUGGGCCUGGCAAAUUUGAAUUUGGAAAUGAGAGUUACAACCACUGGUUUGAUGGCAUGGCCUUGAUGCAUAAGUUCACAAUCGAGAAUGGAUGUGUGACUUACAUGAGUAGGUUUCUUGAAAGUAAUUCAUACACAAUAAAUAAAAGUCACAACCGUAUUGUGGUCUCUGAGUUUGGGACGUCUGCCAUGCCAGACCCCUGUAAAAGCAUGUUUCAACGCUUCUUGUCUACAUUUGAAUUGCCAGAACCGACUGAUAAUGGAAACAUCAACUUUCUGAAAUAUAACAGUGAUUAUUAUGUCAGUACAGAGACUAAUGUGAUACAUAAAGUUGAUCCAGAGACUUUAGAAACAAGAAAAAAGGUUGACUGGGGCAAUUAUAUUGCUGUAAAUAGUGCAACAGCCCAUCCUCAUUAUGAGCAAGAUGGAACUGCAUACAACAUGGGAAAUUCUUAUGGGAAAAUGGGGACAUGUUACAAUAUUAUUAAAGUUCCAGCACAGGAAUCUGAGGCUGAUGACACUCUACAUGGAGCUUCGGUGGUCUGUUCCAUACCUGCAAAGGAUAAUAUGAAACCGUCUUAUUAUCACAGCUUUGGAAUGACAGAAAACUACAUUGUGUUUAUUGAACAACCAUUGAAAUUAAAUAUCCUGAAAAUUCUCACUAGCAAAAUAAGUGGAGCGUCUAUACUUGACUCUUUCAUCUGGGACCCAAGAUAUGAAACCAUAUUCCAUGUGGUUAACAAACACACAGGGGAGAUAAACCCUGUGACUUUCCAUGCACAGCCUUUUGCAACUUUCCAUCAGAUCAAUGCCUUUGAGGAUCAGGGGUGCAUUGUGCUUGAUAUCUGCUGUUACGCUAGUGGAGAACCUUUCUCAGCAUAUAAACUCCUCAACCUGCGCCAAUCUGGUCAUGCUUUAGAUGAGAUCUACAAUGAAUUACCAAAAUUAUAUCCGUGGAGAUUUGUCUUUCCACUAAAUAUUGACCCCAACAUGUCACACGAUGUAGAUAUGAAUCCUCUGACUUAUACAACAGCAACAGUUAUCAAAAAGGUGGAUGGAAAGGUAUGGUGCACUCAUGAAAACCUCUAUGACAACACACUGGAUGAUGUAGGAGGCCUAGAAUUCCCCAGUAUCAGCUAUUACAAAUACAACACAAAGAAGUACCGCUAUUUCUAUGGAUGUGGUUUCAGGCAUUUUGUGGGAACUUCUCUGAUUAAAAUGGAUAUUGACACCAAGAAACUAAUGGUUUGGCAGGAAGAUGGCUUCUAUCCUUCAGAACCUGUGUUCAUACCCUGCCCAGACUCUAAUAAAGAAGAUGAUGGUGUGAUCCUCUCUGUUGUUGUCACUCCCCAUCAGGACAAAAAAACAUUCCUGCUCGUUUUAGAUGCCAAAAACUUCACAGAAAUUGGAAGAGCAGAGGUUCCUGUACAUGUGCCUUAUUUACUGCAUGGAAUUUUUGUGCCUCGGAAACACUGAAAUCAUUAUGUAACACAGUAUAUACUCAAGUGUUUUUUUUUUACUUUCAUUUACAUGUCAGUCCAUAUAUUUCAAAAACUUUCUUAGUCUAAGUGAGUUUUUAUGUAAUGCAGCCCUUUUUAAUACAUAUAACAUUACAUUAUGAUGCACAUGAGUAAGCACCCAGCAAGGAGCGAAACGCGUUAAGCUUGCACCUUUCUUGUUUGCCUGUUUUCCCACGCUGAUUGAACACAAAUUCAAUUCUUUGAAAUAAAUACCAAUUGGAAUACGAGU